AUGGCCUCCGAAUCGCGCCAGACUCAUUCCACGUCCGAUGAUGAUCUCCAUAGAACCGCACCUCAGCACAUCGAGGACACCCAAGAGUACUGUCGCAUAUGUCGGGGUGAGGCCUCGUCUCACCAACCCCUCUUCUAUCCUUGCAAAUGCAGUGGCAGCAUCAAAUUUGUUCAUCAAGAGUGCCUCAAGGAGUGGCUCGCCCAUUCUCAAAAGAAAUACUGCGAACUAUGCAAGACUUCCUUCCGCUUCACCAAACUCUAUGACCGGUCCAUGCCACAGACCCUACCAUUCCCUCUCUUUCUGCGCCAACUCACCCGCCAUGCCUUGGCUACCUUUCUUCGCUACAGUCGAUAUCUGCUCGUCCUACUGGUUUGGCUGUGCUGCUUGCCCUGGUGUAUCAGACAAAUAUGGCGUGGUCUCUUUUGGUUGGCCGAUGGAAACUGGUCCGAUGAACAGAAUAUCGUCCCCGACCAAAAUUCCACCCUUCUCCCCACCGGUUCGCCCCGUCUUCCACUAGAUGUCCCCCAAGCAUUUGAAAGCAUCAAACUGGUUCUGCCUCCUAUGCAGCUCUCUCUGGCCGAUAUCGCACGCGCCGUCUUUAGCCAAGGCUUGCUCGGAUGGCUGCUUCAGCUCAUCCUCGCCGUUUUUCUACCCAACUCGGCACCCAACCACGCGGACCUCAGCCCACCAUCUUCAAUCGCCCACCGGUCUUCUUCUCUUCUGUCUGAUGUUCAAUUCCUGGCCAAUUGGUCCACAGUUCCUGCAAUCAACAAUACGACACUCGAUGUGGUUGAGGGCCAGCUAAUAUGUAUUUCCCUUGUCACCGCCUUCAUUCUGAUCUUCCUGAUCCGUGAGUGGGUCAUCAAUCAACAGCCCUUAAACAACAUGCCGGAUCCCGAUGCACAAGACAAUCAAUUGCCCCUCCCUCUUCCGGUAGGCCCACAAGAUCCUCCCAUCCCACAGCCUGGGGAGAAUUUACACGGGGUUCGAGACCAGGAUGCAGAUCUCAUCCAACAGAACCGGGCGUUGCGUCCUAUUGCAAUUCCGAGACUACGCAGAGCUCUCACCGACGAUAAUAUACUCGCUGGCUUGCCCGUGAAUGACCCUGAACGUCCCACCUUGCCCGCGAGAGCUGCAAGCGUCAUUGCUGGCCCUUCAACUGCGCGUGGGGACACAAAUCCCACCCACGACUUUGGAGAAACUGUCACUUCUGGAGACGAAGGAAUUAGCGCUCCAUACAAUUCCAUUCUGGUUCAAAGCGAACUCGAAAUAGUUCCCGGCGGCAAUGCAAACAUCAGCGAGCAUCAAACUUUUCCGUCCGACACAAGUGAUGAUGACCUCUUCAACCAUUCCCCCUCUCAACGACGAGAGUCAUCACUCUCUUACAAUAGUCAAGAGUCACCUUCACAGGACGCAAAUGCAUCUUCGGACUAUUCCCAUGACUCAGACGGUGCGGACCACGAUCAAGAAGAAAUUUCAAUUGUGCAUCAGACUGCUGUCCCCAACAUCAACCACACACCCACAGAGGCUGCUGAGCGAGAGCCCGAUCUCAUUGACUUGGCAACAACAUAUGGUGGCCAAAUCGAAACCUCUCGUAUCGAACCGACUGCCGCUGCUAUCGAUGUUGAAGAAACCCAUUUUCAGAAAAUCGCUGCCUGGAUGUGGCAUGUCGAUAACCAGCAACGGACCCCUCAACGUCCUGAAGCGCGUGAUGUUGAACGCCUGGUUCGAGAUUUGAGAGAUGAAGGCCCCUUCAUUCCCAUUCACCAUCAAGAGCGACAUGGCAUUCGGCCACCAGUCGUGGAAGCCCCACCUCCUGCCCGCGAAGCCAACAACGUCUUCGGUCUAGAUUUGAAUGAUGCCAACGCGGUCGAAGAUGCCGAAGACAUAGACGGAAUUCUCGAGUUGCUCGGUAUGGAAGGUCCCAUGUUUGGGAUGAUACAGAAUGUCAUCUUUAGCCUCUUUCUCAUCACCCUGACACUGGCCGCCAGUAUUUGGUGUCCGUAUAUCUGGGGGAAAAUCGCUCUCUUGUUUGUCUCCAACCCAUUGGGUAUGUUGAUCAAGGCCCCUCUCUUUGUCCUGUCUCGCGCGGCAGACAUUGUGGUUGAUGUCAUGUUCGUUGCCAUUGGAAUCGCUGGGAUUAUCCUCAACACUCCCUUCAGACUAUUACAGACCACCGUCGCCCCACUAUUCCCUGAUCUGAGCAAUCUCUUGGAUCUGGAUGCUGUACACGUCCUGACCCUUGACAUGAGUCGAAGAAGUAGCAAUCGAUUGCAGAAGGUUCUCUUCGGGGCUGUGUUGAACCUAAAACCAGAUCUUCCGACUUUCUCCAUGGUAUCUCACCACGCUCUGGUAUCUUUGAGAUCAUCUGUUCACACUACAUUGCUCGGCGUCACCUCUGCUAUUGUUCGAACCCAUAAACACGUUAUUACGACUCCGAUCUCUGCUACUUCACUUCUCUCCAGUUUCUUUGAUCUGAUCAAAUUGGUCUCUGCCUCUUUGAUGGCUGCGAACAACCAUCUCCGCUCAACUCUGGAAGAAUUUUAUUCCUCCGGCAUCACUUUCAGUUUAGAUUCGUCGGUGGCUACUGGAGUUGUCGAUGAUUCCCUCACAACCUGGAGCACUGGGGACAGAGUCGUUACCAUAAUUAUUGGUUAUGUGUUUUUUGCAGCAGCGGGAAUUAUCUUUCUUGAGAUAGCACAUCUGGUUCUUGGCCUGGGACAAACCGAAAAGGUUGAAGGCUACUUUGCAGAUUGCCUACGGCAAGCUGGUGGUGUCAUGAAGGUCAUUGUCAUCAUUGGUAUCGAGAUGCUUGUUUUUCCUCUAUACUGCGGACUUCUUCUCGAUGUUGCGCUUCUGCCACUCUUUGCGGACGCCACGAUAUUCAACCGCAUCAACUUUUUGAUCCACGCGCCUUUCACCGGAGUUUUCAUUCACUGGUUCAUCGGGACCUGCUACAUGUUUCACUUUGCAUUAUUUGUCGGUAUCUGUCGCAAAAUUCUUCGAAAAGGGGUCUUGUAUUUUAUUCGCGACCCAGACGACCCCACGUUUCACCCGGUUCGUGAUGUUCUUGAGCGGCCUGUUCCUACUCAGUUGGGGAAAAUUGCAUUCUCUGCGCUAGUCUAUGGAGGCUUGGUCAUGGUGUGCCUAGGCGGCGUGGUUUGGAGUCUGGAAUGGUUUGGUGAUAUUUUUCCGAUUCAAUGGGCAACUUCGGAGCCAAAAUUGGCUUUCCCAAUUGAUGUGAUUUUCUACAACCUUAUGUUACCUCUACUUUUGCGCAAGGCCGAUCCUUCCAAAAGAUUCACUGCCAUGUAUGAAUGGUGGUUUCGACGAUGCGCCAAAACAUUGAGACUCACUGCAUUUCUUUUUGGGGGUGAUCCUGAAGAGGAAAAAUCAGGAACGAGUUCAACACGGAGUGGUACCUUUGUGCGGGCACCGGCAUCGGAUUCUGUCCGGAUUCCCAGAGGUCAAAACGUCUUCUUGGAGGUCAAUGAGCGUAACGAGCGCAUUGAUGGACAUAUAGAUCACACUAUCGGGAUUCAUGGUAAGGGAGACAAACGAUUUGUGCAUGUCUACCUGCCUCCAAACUUCCGGUCCAGAAUUGCUGCGUUCAUACUGCUUUUGUGGUUCUACGCUGCUUCUACCGGUAUUGUCUUUACCAUCGGCCCUCUCUUGCUGGGUAGAGUCAUCAUGCAGUGGCUCUCAGCGUCGGACUUGCCACCCAAUGACCUACACGCUUUCACACUCGGAGUUCAUAUCUUUGCUCUGAUCGCCUUCUGCAUGGUCUUUGCAAGAUCGGCGGUGGAUCAUGUUAAGAACCGAUCGCUCCACUUCUUUAAUCACCACGGAGAAGCAGUCGUCCAAGCUAUCAGCACUACCAAGUAUGUUGUCGGGCUAACAUAUUUGACGACUUUUACCGCCAUCGUUCUUCCAUGUGUAGUGAGCACGAUACUCGAGCUUUACUUAUACAUACCAUUGUAUACGUACCUAGCCACGGAUCGUCAAUCUGCAAGUACCAAUUCCACUACCCCGGCAAAUGGCCAAAAGGCGACAAUUUUCAUCCUUCAGACUUGGACUAUCGGACUGUUAUACCUCCGAUUGUGCCUGAAGGCUUUCCUGAAGUAUGUUGACGAAGCAUCUCCAGCAGGCAUUGCUCUCCGGGCUAUUCUCCGACAGGGCAUUUGGCGGCCCGAUGUUGAGUUAGCAAGCCGAGCAUUCGUGCUUCCCGCGACUGUUGUUUGCUUUACCGCAUUGGCCUUUCCAUUGGCUUGCGCGAAGUUAGUCAUCAGUGUCUUGGGUGUUGAGAAAUCCGCACAGACAAGAAUAUAUCGUGUUGCCUACCCUACCAUUCUAGGUCUAUCCCUCGUCUGGUACGGGGCCUGGAUGUUACAACGCCAGAUCUCGACCUGGAGGGCCAAAAUCAGGGAUGAGGUAUAUCUUAUUGGGGAGAGACUGCAUAAUUUUCAUGAAGGGAAGCCUCACAUCAAAGAACACUCAUCAAGAGUGUCAAGAGUGCAGUAA